AUGGGGUUUCUGAAGCAGAGCAAAGCCGGCCUUGCCCUCUCCGGCUGGAGGAGGACGGCGGCGGUUGGCUACGACGUCCGCGCGAGCUCUCCAGGCUCGGCUGCUCCUUGGUUGAGCGCCCGCCAGGCCUCGGCGCGCCUGGACACCCCGUGCUGCCGCCCCUCUGACCCGCGCCGCUCACCGCCCCGGCCCCCACCGGGCUCCGACACGGACGACGUCCUGCAGAUCAUGGCCAUCACCGACCAGAGCCUGGACGAGGCGCAAGCCAGAUUCGUGGCAUUCUGGCAGAGGGUCCCCCCGACGCUCAGCUCCAAAAGCUGGAUAACCUGCUGCUGGCCGAGGGCAUGUGCAGGCCGGAGAAGCACCGAAGAGGAGCCCAGGCGGCGGCCGGCACAGCAACCCCAGGCCUGCCGUGAGUUCACCACGCAUGUCACCAGCCUUCUCCGGGAGCAGAGCAGGAUAAGGCCUGUCUCGCCCAAGGAGAUCGAGCACGUGGUGGGCACCCACGGCAAGUUCAACAGCGUCCCGAUGCAGCUGAAGGAGAGCACCUGCGAGGCCGUGAUGACCCUGCGCUCGAGGGUCCUCGAUGCCAGGCGUAAGCGGCAGAACUUCGGCAAGCAAGCCACGGAAGUGCUGAAUGAAUAUUUUUAUUCCCAUGUGAGCAACCCUUAACCCAGUGAAGAAACCAAAGAAGAGCUGGCCAGGAAGGGUGGCAUCACCGUCUCCCAGGUGACAGUCCUUCCCUGCCACACCUCCCUGAACCCAGAAGGGAGGGAAAGUUCAGCCCAGUGAGGAGGCCACCCAGGGAAGCUGGUGAAAUGUGUGGGGCGGGAGCCGGGUAGGCAGGCUCCCAGUCGGCCUGACUGGGCUCAGGUCCCAGGGUCUGGGCUAUGAGCGUGGGUCUCAGGCGGGAAGCCACACCCACCAGGUGUGGGGACUCGCUGAGGCGACCGGUGUGGAGUGUGCGGUCCCGGAGGCGACACCACAGAGUGUAUCAUGAGGUACUCCGUGGAUUGUAGUCGUUGGGAUUUAAUAUUCUCCUAACAGAGGGAUGUGCUGUGUUGCGUAAGAGGGGUGGGGUAUGAGCUUGGGAGAAGAAGAACUUGGAGGAAAAUUAGGACUUGAAGUGAUAGACCAGCUCUUGUGCUUAAGUACCGAUUCAGUUAUCCUGGGAUAAAUUCAGGCGCGCGCCUUGCCUUCUUGUUCCUCAAACAGUCCAGUGUGUGUGUCUGGGGGUACAAGACAGACGACAUCUGGCUCCAGAGGGGGAAUGGUAGUGCAGAUCAGAGAAGGGACCUGGACAACCUUGGACAACCUUGGUAGUCGGGACCACCACUGUCCUCACUGGAAUUGGGGUAAGGUGGCGGGGCUAAGAUGAGAACCCAAGAAAUAUUUCCGAAGGCUUUAAAGCGAGAACGGUAAGUGCAGGCAGCCCACAAGCAAGAGGCAGGACCAGGCCACGCCCAUGGGGCAGCAUGGGGGUCAGGGCACGGCACCCCGCCCCCGGCUGCAGGGAGGGCUGCUCCCACUGUGCAGUUGGAGGGGGUGAGUUUCCAGCCCAGUCAGCCUGUGCCCUCCGUCACCACCCUCUGCUCUGGUCCCUGCCCAGUCCAGCAGCGACUUGGGGACCAGGGCACUCAGGAACCCCGCAGGGUCACACAGGCAGCAAAGCCUCACAGGUGUCCCGGUCACAGGAGACCUCACUCGGCCUGGAACCGCUGCGGUGUCCUCAGCACCUUGGCUGGAGCUGAAGUGAGGGCUGCACCUCUGGGGCUUCGAGGCCCGGAAGAAGUGGGAGCCAUGGCAGCUUGUUUGUCACCGUGAGCAGUUGUCUGAAAACGGCCAGAUUCACUUCAAGCCCUGGCACCCCCAGAGAGCACAUGGGUCUUGGGUCUCAACUUUAUCUCAGGAGAGGGUUCGUUGCAAACAAAAGUUUGGAAAGCACCGGCCACAUUCCAGUGACUCCUGCUCUGUGGGCGGGCCCUGAGACCCCGCCCACCAGCAGCAGAAUUCUGUGCUGGGAGCCCCUCCCCACUCGGGCAGGUCCUCCAGCUGGGAAUGUCUGACAGCUGAGGGAGGGCUCGGAAUUUGGGAUACAGAUGUCGUGUAGGCUGUGCGGUUCGCCUAAGGAGGAAGUAGCGGGGGAGGGAGAGCACCAUUAGGGCAAAGGGUGUUGCAGAUGAGGCAACAGACGUUUUCAGGACAGGAUCAGCUGCAACUCCAGGGUGAGGAGGCCCAAGGGGGAAAGGGCGGGAGAGCUGAGCCCAUGGACAGGGCCAUGGGCAGAAACCCAGGCGGCUGCAGCUGUGUGAGCCAAAGGGACCAGAGUGACUGGGCAGGGAGUGGCCAGUGGCUCCGAGCUACAGCUGGUGGAGAGGGCAUCCCACUCCUGUACGAGGUGUCGGGACACACCCCGUGGAGAGGGUGGACCCUGGCCCGGACCAGCUCCCCGGCAGCCACCCUCCCUCACCCACACGGGAAGUUUGCUCUUUGUCCCUCUAAAAUGCCAGUUGAAUUCAACAUGGAAAACUGCUCACUGCUAUUCUUCUGCAAACUUAGUCCAGGUUUUGGGCUUCCCUGGUGGCGCAGUGGAUGAGAGUCCACCUGCCGAUGCAGGGGACACGGGUUCGUGCCCCGGUCCGGGAGGAUCCCGCAUGCCGCGGAGCGGCUGGGCCCGUAAGCCAUGGCCGCUGAGCCUGCGCGUCCGGAGCCUGUGCUCCGCAACGGGAGAGGCCACAACAGUGAGAGGCCCGCGUACCGCAAAAAAAAAAAAGAAAAGAAAAGAAACAGGUUUUUAGAGGAGAAAAGUCCUCCAUCCACAGUGCUGCCACGUAACUCAACUGUUUAUUUCUGUUCAUUAAAAUACAUAACCUUUCACUGCAGGGCCUGGUGCCUUACUUUGGGAUAUGUCUGCAUGCUCUUAGGAAGGCACUGCCCAGGGUCUCACGCAGACAGUUCUGCCCCCAGGGGACAUUUUCAUUAUCACACCUCUCAGGGGGAGGGGAGGACACUACUGGCAUCUGGUGGGUGGAGGCCAGGGGUGCUGCUCAGCACCCUCAGUGCCCAGGACGCCCCCCAGAGAGUGACCCACAGGGAGAAGCCCUGCCCUGGAGGUCUCGGUGCAGGUUUGGAGUCAGAGCUGGGCUCAGACCUCUAGGCCCUGGGCCGGCCCCCUGCUUACAGGAUGCAUGUGACUGCAGCUCCCUCCUAACUGGCUUUGGGGACUAAAAACAGGCCCUCAGCUCAGUGCUCAGCUCCUUCCCCUGCACUGUCAAGUGGUCCUUAUCCUUUGAUAAGUUUUGGAUUCGACUGUGUUCUUUGCUUAAAUUGCAUUCCCAGAAAUGUGGUUACUGAUGCGUCUCCCGCAUCAGUAUUCAGUCUGUUGCCUGCCGCCGCAGUGAGCAGACACUCGUCUCUCUGAGUGUGUCACACACAUGCCUGUUUUCCCUCCAGCUCCCCCCUCUUCUAUAAGCCACGCCAGGUCCAGGGUGUCACCAACACACUGCAGACGUUUCCCUGGGCCCACAGUUCAUUAGCGCCACCUUCUCAGUCCCGGCCUCUCACCCAGCCCCAGGGCCACACGUUGUCACUCAGUGAUGUUCCCCCCGGCUGUCUGUCCACAUCGCGUCUCAUCGCUAGGUCAGUUUUUUCCGGUGACUUCCAUCUCUGCCUGU